GUAUUCGUGGCCAUCAAGCAUUAGCCUCACUACUUUGCACUAUAAAUACGGUAGCAAACUUCAAUCAAUUCCCAACUCCAGAAAAUGAAGUCCCCUCAGCCUCACUACUCAACGUUUCCUUUCCUUUUUGCCUUUCUCUUGUCAAUUUCAUGGGUGAUCACCACAGCUGAUCAGUCUCAUGAGAAAUUUCUUCAUUGUCUUUCCCUGCAUUCAAACGAUUCAUCUUCCAUUUCUAAAGUCAUUUUCUCACGAAAUAAUAAUUCAUAUUCAUCUAUCCUAGAAUCCUCCAUUCAAAAUCUUAGAUACUCCACAAUUGCUACCCCAAAGCCUUUAGUCAUUGUUACACCCUUGCAUGCCUCCCAUAUCCAAGCCACAAUUUCCUGUUCGAAAAGACAUGGCUUGCAAAUUAGAACUCGAAGUGGUGGUCAUGACUUUGAGGGUCUUUCUUAUGUUUCUGAAGUUCCAUUUGUUCUCGUUGAUUUGGUUAAUCUUCGAUCAAUCGAUGUUGAUGUUGAGAACCGCAUUGCAUGGGUUCAAUCUGGGGCAAUAUUAGGUGAAUUAUAUUACAGGAUUGCUGAAAAAAGCAGAACCCUUGCCUUCCCAGCAGGUACUUGCUAUACUAUUGGUGUUGGUGGCCACUUUAGUGGAGGAGGUUACGGCUUAUUGUUUAGAAAAUAUGGGCUUGCUGCUGAUAACAUUAUUGAUGCUCACUUAAUUGAUGCUAAUGGAAGAAUUCUUGAUAGAAAAUCAAUGGGAGAAGAUGUGUUUUGGGCGAUCCGUGGAGGCGGAGGAGGUAGCUUUGGGAUUGUUCUUGAUUGGAAAUUAAAGUUGGUUUCUGUUCCGGCAAAUGUGACUGUUUUCACAGUCACAAAGACCCUGGAACAAAAUGCAACCCAACUUAUCCAUCGUUGGCAGUACGUUGCACACAAGCUUCCUAAUGAUAUAUUCCUUCUUGUUGCCAUAUCAAGGGUGAAUUCUGGUCAAGAAGGAAAGAAAACAAUUCAAGCUUCUUUUGCUGCCUUGUUUCUUGGCGGGGUUGAUAAGCUCAUUUCAUUGAUGGAGAAAAGAUUUCCCGAGCUUGGACUAGUGAAACAAGACUGCAUUGAAAUGAGUUGGAUUCAAUCUCUUCUUUACUUUGGUCAACUUCCAACAGAAGAAAUUUUGCUUGAUAGGGCUGCGGUUAACAAAACAUUUUUUAAAGUAAAAUCUGAUUAUGUGAAGGAACCUAUUCCAAAAGCUGUAUUUGAAGAGGUGUGGCCAAAGUUCUACGAAGAAGAAGGAAACUAUGGCAUAAUUCUCUUGAUACCUUAUGGGGGAAAAAUGGAUGAGAUUCCAGAGACUGAAACGCCAUUCCCACACAGAGCUGGCAACAUGUACAAAAUCAUAUACAAUAUUGGCCUAGCAGGAGAGGAAAAUUUGGAAUUUCAGAAGUACCUAAGUUGGAUUAGGAGAUUUUAUCAUCACAUGACUCCCUAUGUUUCCAAAUCUCCACGAGAAGCAUAUGUCAACUAUAGGGAUCUAGACAUCGGAGUCAACAAUAAAGGCAAAACAAGCUAUGCACAAGCUAGCAUUUGGGGUUUUAAAUAUUUUAAGAGUAACUUCAAUAAAUUGGUGCAUGUGAAGACGUUGAUUGAUCCUGAUAAUUUCUUCAAGCACGAACAAAGCAUCCCUCCUCUUUCAUCUUGGUAGAAGGAGAAAGUUUACUAUAGCAUCCUCAAAAAAAAAAAAGCAGUUAAUGUUUGUUUCUUUUUCGUUACAACUUAGAAUAAGAUGCUUAGAGUCGAAGUUCUUCAGUUGUUAAGCAUAUAUAGAAAUAAGCCAAGUGAUUAAAAUUGUUGAGUAGACCAAAUACAAAUGGUUAACGUCAGCAGUUUUAAACACGUGAUAAUAAAAUAAUAAUGUUUUGUCUUCAAUCCAAACUGCUGGUUCUGUCUUUUGCCAUGGAUGGAUGGGAUAUGUUGGAUUAGUGUCUAACUUUGAGACGAUUUUGUCGCAAGAGGUCAUAAUUAUCUGCCGUUAUCACACCAUUUGUAGUUUCCUCAUUUCUUUUUUUUUUUUUGUUUUUAAUAAAAGGUGCAUUAAACAGAAACAAAAGUCCCAACAGUCCCAACAGGGGUCACACAGAAAUAGUUUUGGGAAACAUAAUUCCCAUGGCAUUAGUCAAUAACAAAGAAGCCAACAGUUCAGAGGUUCCUCAAAGAACAGAAAGGAAGAGUUCAUAGGGGAUCCAUUUAGCUAAUUGGUCAGCACAAAAGUUUGCCUCCUUAAAGUUGUGUUGCACCCUCACGUUCUGCAUCCAUUCCAGCAACGACUUGCAAUCAUCCACAGUAGAGCCAGUAAUGGGAAGGAGCACCCUGCAAAACAUACCUUAAGAUUGGUUUGGGAGUCAAUCUCCACAAUAUGAUUGUUGUAACCCCGAUCGGAAGCAGUGCACAAUCAUCUCCACAAUAAGAAGUUUAUGUGUAUAAUAUCUUCUUCAGUCAA